AUGGAUUCAUCAAUGGAAUAUCUCACCGAUCUCGAAGGAACGCAGGUCACGUUUGAUGCUGUUACAGAACCACCACCUUUCAACUUCCCUGCUCAGAAAUGGAUAAUACUUGAGAAUCUCGGCGAAGAGUCAAAUCGCUUGACAAAGCAAGAUAUUGCCGCGGAGCUCGGGCCUUCAGAUACCUCUGGGAAAUUCCUAUGCCGACCUGCCAGCGAGGAAGAUGAUAAUAGGCGCGCAUUUUCACGUAUUUACCAACAGGUUCCUAUUGCCGGAACUGAAACGAAGAAGGCCGCUAUACGAGCUAGACAGGCUGUCGAUAUCCCUCCUAACCACCCAGAGCUGAUCGUUUUCCGGAAAUUCAUGAAGCUAGGCUGUGACGUUGUCCCUCGGCUACUAGGCUAUCAACAGCGCCAACAAGACCAUGAUGAAGGUGUUCCGGGAGGAUAUAUCACGUACAUUCUAUGGGAAAAAGUCGCUGGCGAGUCUCUUAAUUUGACUGAAUUCUGGAGGCUCCCCUUUGCUGAUCGCAAGGCCAUCCGCGAUAAGUUUCGCCAGGUCUAUACAAGAUUUUUACCGUGCGGGUAUAUGCCAUGUAUGGCUGGUCCAUCGAAGAUUAUUUAUGAUAAGCCUAGUGGCCGAAUGCAUAUCUGCGGAUUCAGACUCGCAUCUCCAUUUGACGAACCUCAACAGUGGGAUGAUGUUAUCUACUUCCAAUACGGACUCAUCCAGCCCUCCGACAGCCCAUUUUACUGGGAAGGAACACCACCCGAAACGGCGGAUUGGAUCGACGAUGUCAACGGCUGGACGUGGUGA